UAAUUUUUUUUUGUAUUGAAAUUAUUUGUGUCAACUAUAAAUUAGUUUAUAAUCUCUCCCACUUAUAAUCGGAAAGCAAUCUUUAUACGGUGGGUUUGAAUUUCUGUUGAAGAAAGAGGAGAAGCUGCCAAAAGAGGACCGAGAUCAAGUUAAAAAUCUUCUUUUGCAACAAGACAAAAACUAGGGUUUAUCCAUAAACAAUUCCCAGAAGUUCUCUUGUGGAAUUCAAAAUCCCUAAAUCAUAUAAUCUCUCUAUUCAAAACCGUAACAUCACAGCUUCCUCAGGCUCUUGUGGAAUUCAAAAUCCCUAAAUCAUAUAAUCUCUCUAUUCAAAACCGUAACAUCACAGCUUCCUCAGGUGAUUUUGCGAAACCCCAGCAAAAAAAGGCAGAUUCUUUCUAUUGGAAUCAACAAGGUCCGAUGAAUUCACAUCUCUUCCGUGUAAUCUGUAUGCUCCAUUCGAUUAUCGCACUUACAAGUGGAACCCUGAUGAUGUUCUACACAGAGAAAGCUUCGAUCUUUGGACAUGGUAGUGAUAUAGCAAACAAGCUCAAAGGAUCAACACCUCACGACGAGCAGCUUAUUCAGAUUUCUCAGUCAUUCUCUGGUUUGCUUCUCUUUGCUAUCGGAUUGGUACUUUUCAUGGUGUCGUUUGUGAAAGACAGAGAGUUUCAUAGCUUCUUUGCCGCUGGUUCUGUGAUUCUCUAUAUGCUUAUGGCUUUAUGGAGAGUUAUAUUUGAGUGGAAGAUUGAAGAUCUUGCUUUUGAAUGUCCCAAGCAAGCUCUUGGAGACAUUGCUUUAGCUGUCUCAUGGAUUUUCUUCCUCGUUUAUACAUGGAGAGAGAAGUAUGAUUGAUUGAUGUUUUGUUUUUUUUUUCUUAAACUUGUGUGGGCUAUGCAAAAGAUGAUGUGCUUUGUUAGAAAUUGGAGAUCACGAGAACCAGUAGAGCUUGGGGAAAGUGAAAUCUUAGACUAAACUAUUGUCGGUUUUUUAUAGAUUCAGAAGAUCAAAUGUCAAUGAAAUAUAGGAAUUGUCAAUGAAUUUGUUUUUUUUUUUUUUUCAACUGUGAAAACAUCAAGUCUUGGUUUCAUCAGCGAGCACAUUCUUGAAACUUGUUUUGUAAAUCUGUGUAAAUACUCUGUUGGGUGAAAUUCUCAUUUGUGACACUUUGUUA